ACAUAUAUACAGUAGAACCCCUGUCAUACACUUUUCAACGGAGGGCACAAAAAUGGUGUAUGAUGCGGGAAAGUGUAUGAAAAGGGAAUGGCAAUAAUAAAAAAAAAUUUCAAUCUAGCAUACCAGCCCAAUGUCAGAUUAAACUUAAAUACAUAAUGUGUAAAUAAUUUUUUUUUAUUUUUUUUAUUUAUAAGCCUCCAUUUCUCCAGGCAGAUAUGAAUUCAUCAUUAUAUAUACAUGUAAUAAAACUACCAGAAAUGUAAAAUACAGUCCAUAAUCAAGUAAAGCAGUCCUUUCUUGGAGAGGGGAAAAGUCACCAAGCCUAAAUUAUAAAUAAAAAAAUUAGGCUAUUGUAAAAAGUAAAACAGAAAUUUUUGCUGGUUUGUUUCAUUUUACAAACAACUUUAUGCAACAGAACAAUUUUUAAUAAAAUUUUAACUUGAGAAACGUAAAAUAUAAAACAAUCCGAUCGUAAGAAAACAAUAACAAACAAGUAUAUUCAGUUCAAAGAUUAAUGAAUGCACAAAAUAUGAGAUCCGUGCCUUGGUAAAUCGCGUGCACCAUUUUCAUAAUCAUUCGCGCCACUAGUCUCGCUUGGUGCUGGCCAUAGAUGCUAAUAGCGAAGUGCACAGUCUUCCCGAUACUAUCCAUAUCUAUGGUGCGAUAAAGUUAUUUUCUUACGUUUGCAAAGGUAAACAAUGAACGUUUUUCAAAAUAAAAGCAUUAAAACGUAGUUUAUCAGGAGGAAUAUAACAAAAAAAUUUGUGAAUUUUAGGACUUUUCCACUUCGAAAAACUUAUGAAACGGGAAAUUAAAGAUUUUAUAAGUGUAUGUUCCGGGAAAGUAAACCAUUGUAAAUAUAGAACUUUCGGCGGGACCAAAAUUAAUCGGCGUAUGACACGGGAAAAUGUAUGAAACGGGAACGUAUCAUCGAGGUUCUACUGUAUAUAUAUAUAAAAUCACAUUUUCAUGGGCCCGAUAAAUGCCGUAUUUUUGGGCAAGUCAUGUCCAAAAUGAUAAAUAAAAUACGUUAAUGGAAAUUCUCGGUCGAGUAAGUUAUGGGAAAAAUUCGAACAAUUGGCUCGAAAUGGGGAAGAUUUUUUGAAAAACAGAAAAAUCGCAACAACUGCCAUACUAUGAAUAAUGUCGAAUCGGUUUUAACGUAUGAUAACUCGGAGUAUCUAAUGCCGAAAAAUGUUUUCUAAAUAAAUUUUUGAUACGACCAGCCAUAACUGCAUGGGUUCGAAAAAAAUUUUCACAGGACAACAAACAAAAAAGCAACGUAACUGCCUUAGUAGACACAUUAUCAAAUCUGUUUAAAUUGUUUGUAAAUAUCAUAAUUAUUUUCCAAAACUUUGUCUAAAACAAUGUUUGAUAAGAUGCUUGGUGUUGAGAAGGAUAGAAAAAUAAUUCAAAAUUUUGUACCAUGAUCGCUAUUAAAUUCCUUCGUAUUUAUUUCAUACAUUUUACAUAUUAUGUUCAAGAAUCGAUUAAAAUAUUUUUGUUGACUAAGGAAGCCAUGUAUUUGAAAUUUGCUUGUAGGACAGAACCCCAGUUAUCUAAACACACGACCCUGUUUCCUCUUACGGCGGCAGCGCGCACUCUUGUACUGAUGACACAUCUUUAACAGCUAUUUCCACAGAAACUGUAGAAGCAAUUGAGAUGGAGCUGCUUUUAAAAACUAAUUCAAUUCAUUGUGAACAUUUUUCACGCUUUCGUCCCCCAUUAAUCUUUAAUAGAAAAAAAAAUUUCCGCUGGUCAACUCUUUGAUGUGUCAGUUUGUGAGAAAAUGCAUUUCAAUAUAUUAAAAAAAUUAUUGAUGUGAAACCUGUACAGUUUUUGUCUUAACAUUUGUUGGGUGGCGUCCUAAGGCAUUAAUUUAUUAAUAAAAAAAUCUGAAUGAAAUACACAUAUAGGUUUUUUUUUUGAUGUGAAACAUAUCGGAAUACUUCAAAACUGUUCGCAGCGAUUAAGUUAUGUUUUUUUAAUUUUUUCAAACACUUAAAAUAUUGUUAAGUAUUCAAAAUAAGCAUUGCCUGAUGCGUAUUUUGAUGCUAUACAAUAUGAAAAAAAGCUUGGUCCAAAAAUUAAAAUUUUAAUUUUGUUUGAUAUUUGCAACAACGCACGAAGAAACAAGGACAGUGCUAACAGCAAUCGGUGUGUGUUAGAGAGAGAGAGAAUGCGCCCAUUUACUUCCACACUGCAAUCUAAGAGUGGGAUGCUCUAUAGUAUCGUAUAUAACUUAGUUUUGCCUGAAUAGGUUUUUAUAAUAUUUAUUUAUUCAAUACAUUGUUAAAGCUGCGAUAGAGAUUUCAGUAUUAAGGGGACUCUGAAUUGUGGACUAUUUAAUGUUGUAGUUAGAAUAUGUUUAAGUGCUAAAUGUAUUGUCAAUCUUGUUCCUAGAAGUCCUUUUGUGACCAGAUCCUUUUUAACCACCUUACAAUGCAAAUUGUAGCUUGGCUUUAAAUUCCAACAAAUAUGGUUAGUUUGAUAUAUUGGUUUUUUUUUCUUGGCAUGUGGUGUGUUACCAUUUGUUUACGAUAAAUGUUUGUCUAAAGUCAAUGAUGAAGAUAUAACUGAUUAUUGAAUGUUUUGAUAUUGUGUUGAAUUUUUUUUUCAAUAAUUGUUGGAAUUUUAGUUUAGCUCUUUGCAUUUGUAAUAAUUUUACCAAUAGCCUCUUGAUCUGUGUCUAGCUAUGAAGUUCCUGGAUCCAAUCAACCCUUGUGCCCUGUUUUUACCUCUCCAGUAUAUUUGCAGUUGAUAGCUACCUCACAUGGCCAUUCUGUCAUUUCAUCCCGGAGCAUGUCCAAACCUUUGCCCACCUUAUCAGCCAACUUCAUAAUAUAACUGGAUCAACUUUGUCCAGCAAAAUGCUAGUGGAUUUGGCCCCUUUUUUUUUCUCUUCCAAACCUAUGUCUGAAUCCUUUUUGCCUGCUACCCUUGCUUGUUAAUUUGGGUUUCCUCUUGGAAAAUUACCAGCCUGACAGCCUAAAAGAUCAAAUCUUGUUGGAGGAAAAAAUAAAAAAUAAAGAAAUUAAUAGUACAUAUCUUUUUGAUUUACACCUAUUCCAGCCAUAAAAAUUUAUAUUAGUUCUUACUUGAAAGAAAAUUAAAAGAUUUUUUUUGUAUAAAAAAGAAAGUACUCAUCCUCAUUGUGUAAGAUGCAGAACUAGAAAGAACUUCACGGCAUCAUUUAACAGCCAUGGUCUGGCCAGAAAGGGUUUUUGGGUUUGGAGAGUGAAGUGAGCUGAGUUGUAGCUCCACCAACCCCCUUUACCGGCCCCAACCGCCACAUACCUUGUCACUCUUCACUAACACAAUGGACACCAUGGACAGCAAAUCUAUGCCUAAUGACGACCCCAAUGUCACUCUUACCAUCCGGCUCAUUAUGCAGGGGAAGGAGGUUGGAAGUAUCAUUGGAAAAAAGGGUGAAAUCGUGAAAAGGUUUCGAGAAGAGUCUGGUGCUAAAAUCAACAUAUCUGAUGGAUCAUGCCCAGAACGGAUUGUUACUGUCACUGGUCCUACAAAUGCUAUUUUUAAAGCAUUCACCCUCAUUUGUAAGAAGUUUGAAGAGUGGUGUUCCAAGUUCCAGGACAUACAGGGUGCGUCAAAUGGGUCUGGUCUGCCCCGCACUCCUAUCACCCUGCGCCUUAUCGUACCGGCAUCACAGUGUGGCUCGCUCAUUGGCAAAGGAGGCUCCAAGAUCAAGGAGAUACGGGAAGUGACCGGAGCCUCGAUACAGGUGGCGUCGGAGAUGCUGCCCAACUCCACGGAGCGAGCGGUCACUAUCUCUGGAACUAGCGAAGCUAUCACUCAGUGCAUUUACCACAUCUGCUGCGUCAUGCUUGAGUCCCCUCCUAAAGGUGCCACGAUUCCCUACCGCCCCAAACCCCAAGUGGCUGGCCCUGUGAUCCUAGCUGGCGGCCAGGCUUAUACCAUCCAGGGUAACUAUGCCGUGCCAGCCCACGCCGACGUAAGUACUAUGCCCUUGUUCCCUGGUUUGGCACCAGUUGCCGGACACCCCCCGUUGGGCCUGCCCCCCUCCCCGCUCCUACAUACCGGGCUCGCAGACCCGCUGCUGAAGAACGGACAUUUGCAGGCCGCCCUGCCACCAGCACAUUUGGCUGUCGAUAAGAUGGGGAUGGGCAGUUCUCCAUUAGCUGGCUUGGCAGCUCUCGGCCUGGGAGGACUCACGGCGGGGAACUCCGGGGGCCUCAACCCUGCAGCCCUUGCGGCACUGGCUGGCAGUCAACUGCGAUCAAACAAUCAGAACAGAAAUCAGCCAGGAGCCAACCAGCAGACUCAUGAAAUGACUGUGCCAAAUGAGCUUAUUGGUUGCAUUAUUGGCAAAGGGGGCACUAAAAUAGCAGAAAUCAGGCAAAUCAGUGGUGCAAUGAUAAGAAUCUCUAAUUGCGAAGAACGAGAAGGUGGCACCACAGACAGAACCAUUACUAUUACGGGUAACCCCGAUUCUGUCGCCCUGGCACAGUACCUGAUAAACAUGAGUGUCGAACUGCAGAAAGCUAACCUUGAGGCCCAAAAUCCCGCAAACCCCGGAGGCCCCGGCUCUUCGACUCCCGGCUCCAGCUCGAGUGGUCCCUCCUCCGCGGCCGCCUCCCCCCUCGCCAGUGCCAUCCCUCUCGCCCAGCUGCUGUCCAAACCUGGUGCCCUCAACGCUCUGUCGAGCCUGAGCGCCCUGGGAGGGCUGUCGGACCUGCUGGGCGGCGGCGGGUCCUCGCCGGUCCAGACCACUGGCGUCCACCGCGCCCACAAAACCUUCACCCCCCGCCUGCGCAGCCCGGGCUCGAGCAUGGGGCCCCAGGACGGAGCCAAGCUCAACAAGUCGGAGCGCAGCAAGUUCGCUCCGUACUAGCCGUCCCGUGGCCCUCGCUCCAGCGCGGGCUGUCGCCAGGCCGAAACCUCCUUAAUGCUCGCUGCUCUUAACGAGGUUUCUCCUAGUUCGUAAGCUCAGCUCGUUGUGUCUUUAGACUACCUAGCCUUUUCUUUGAGAACUCCGUACGUCGGAUUCACUUUUCAAGUAACCGUUUCUUUUAACGCUGCAAUAUAUCUGCAAUCUUUGGAAAAAUCAGAUGCUGGAAUUGUAAAACACCUGUUGAACAAAGACUGCAAUUAGUGAGGUUUUUUUUUCUCUAGUUUUUAAGACAAUGUAUUCAAUUAUGUUGACACACGGAUGGUUACUGACGUUAACUGUGUGCUUGGAUCACCGGUAAAAAUAUGUUAUGACUACUUUAUUUUGAAGUGUAUUUUUUUUUAUUCAAUUAUUUUUCAUGCUUGUGAUUUUUGUGUUUACUUACUCCAUAUAUCAAAGUUUGGAAGUGAUUUUUGAUGUGUUAAUCGUGUACAAUGCUAGAUAUAAUAGAUGUUUCCUAUCUUUUAAUGUCGUAUUACGAUAAGAUAUUUUAAGUUUUUCGGUGUUGUAGUUUUCUUAUGUUUUUUCUAGAGUUUUUUUCUCAAGUCUAUUUCAUUAGAAUAAUUUUUAUUAGUCAGCAGACUUUUUUUUAUAAAUAUGGACAGGUGAAUAUUGUGGAAUCAUAUUUGGAGACACAGUGGAAUUACUGUUUUAUCUCCUUCAUUGAUUAGUAGAUGUGUCUGCUUAAUGUAUCAUUUUAUAUAAAAGUGUUUAAUUUUUAUUUUGUUAUUACUGUUUUCUUGAAAAGUUUUUACAACAUAUCAUAUAAAUCUUUGUGUCAUACUUGAAAUUACAGUCAAACAUUUAUAUUAUUUCGUGUACGUAGUUGGUUUUUGUUCAGAUUUAAACAUUUUGUAAUUCAACAUUUACAAUAAUGUAUAGAAGUACAAUAAAAGUAUGUAUUCAAGUAAAAAUAUUUUAGGUUUAUUUUAUUUUCUUCAAGUGAAUUUGUUCAUGCAACAACAAGUGGUGUGUUUUUUUUGUUAAAGAAAUUGGGAACCUUUUUUGUUUGGGUUUUUCAUUAAAUUUUUAAAAUACAUGCAUGUGAGCCCUUGCCACUCGGCAGUUCUUAUUAUUAAACUAGUAUUAAAAAUAGUAUGGUCGUGAAAUUAAAAAAAAAAAGAAAUGUUUAUUCCAGUUGUGCUUUUUCUGAAAUUUUGAUCUAAAAGUAGACUAUGUAUAUGACUGACUUUUCUUAUUUUAUUUUCAUUUCAUCUUCUGACAUGGAAGUUCAUUUUUAAUAUAUUAGUUAACCAUGCAAUUGAACAUUUGUCUGGAAACGAAACCCUGCAAAGUUACUAGCGUGAGCCGUAAUGUGCAUAUUUGAAUUGGCGGGCUUCAAAGAACUCUCCAAACAACAAUAGCCCGGCGUACUUUGUAUUCUCAGAGAAGACCGCUAUGUUAAUGGUGUACGGGCGGGCAAAAAAAAAAUUGCUGGAGAAGCAGUGCACAUUUACCAACAGACUUGUACCGGAUGGGAAGACAUUCUCUCGACCAGCAACUGCUGGAAACUGGGAGUUUCAUUCCAAGAAGGGUGAUGUACACCAAACUGCAUGUGGCUGUCUCUAAAUGUCUGCGCCCAACUCGUCACCAGCUUGCCACGGAGCAUUUGAACGCCAAGGCACUGCGAUCACGCCAUCUCAGCCAGUGGAGAAGCCUCCCUGAAGCCCACCAAAUUAAAAUUUGCGCACUACUGUUUGCACCUGUAACUUUGCAGGGUUUUGUUUAUGGACAUGUGUAUGUCCCUUAAGAAAAAUAGCCUUUUGUUGCCAUUCCAUGCCGUCAAUUAAAUUUAUGCCCUGCUUGUAUAUUAAACUGUAAGAUAAACUCUUAUAAAGACUGUAGAAGUAUAGUAUUAACAUCAUCAUUUAGUUUACUACAAUAGGAAUUAUUCAUAAAAAAAAAUUAAAUAUUUUCUAGUUCAUGUGUCAUUUAAAAAAAUAUCUGCAGGACACACAUACUCUUUCUCACCCGUCAUAGGGAAGACACUUCAUCGGUUGACAGUGUGGCUACUUUUCACACUAUCAGUGAGUAACCACAGUCCCUGAACCCCACCAGAAGGAGUGUCUCUCACUUGCAACAUCCUCAUAAAUCAAAAUCACACGAAUACUCUAUAGCUGCUUCAGUUCCUUGACCCACUCUUACACCAAAACGGAUGUGAGCAAAAAUAAUUAUUUUUAAUUAAUCAAGUUUAGCAGAGCAAAAGAUGUUUGAGGAGGAAUAGUAGUAGGCAGUAGUAAAAUUAUAGAAUGGAAAUAAUGCAUAUUUAAUACCACCAAAAAAAGUAAAAAUAAAUCUUGCAUACUGACUGGUAUAAAAUAAUACAGGCAAACAAUAGUUUCGGUGCCGGGGUAUUUGGAGCUGAUUUCAUAUGAAUUUGAUGCCCUAAAUUCAAAUAUGUUUUGGUCCCUAGGAGGUCAAAU